CUCGAUUUUUUCAAUCAGUCUUUUGGAAUUCGCGAAACAAUGCGGUCGCCGUACGAAGAAAGCGCUGCUGCUGCCGACCACAAAUACCAAUACCAAUACACCGCGGCCAAUAAUAACAAUAAUUACUAUAAAAACUAUAAUGUGAAUGGCAAUGGGCAGGCGAAUGGAAAUGGGAAUAUAAGUGGAAGUGGCAGUGGAAACGGUAAUGGAAAUGGAAUACCUUAUCACGCGCGCGAGAAUUCGCUGCCAUUUAGCUAUGGCAUAGCCAAAACCUCCACACCGCUGCGCAAAACUCCGACGCCGACGCGUUCGGAUAGUUUUCUAGACUUUGAUUUCGGGAAUACCAAUAAUGGGAGUUUGAGUUCGGGUACUGGCGGUACUGGCGAUAUGAUAAAGCCCCCCACCCGGCUGACGAGCCCUUUGCUGGUGCGCAAAACGCUGGGCAACGGCGGUAGUCCCACUAGUUCCACGAACACCAACACCAUAGCCAAUACAUACCACUACAGGUCGAGCAGCGCAACGCCGACGCCGGUGAGAGAUAAUUUCGAGCAGCUGCUGCGGGAGCGACGCGAAAAGGUCUAUAACGAAUAUAGGAACACAGACAGGGAGUCGGGGGAGAGGGGUCGAGUACCGCCCACUCCGCCACAGCGGCAAUUCUACGCCAGCGACUCGUAUGGAAAUGGGUUAAAGAACGGCAAUAAUUCGGGAAAUGGUUUGGGCAACGGCACCAGCUUAUACAGAAACACUCCCCCAAAUGGACUAUCCACUAAAUACAAUUACGAUUUCGAGUUCAAUCUUAAUCUGGAUGAUGCUAAGCCGGAACCCACUCCCUAUACAACACGAAAUAUCCAAUUCGAGGAUCUGCGACUGGAUCAGGAUGUGCCAGAUGGCGUGGUCAAUCGGCGGGCCAUGGAACGCAAUUAUCACACAAUUAACAGCUUGGAAACGACCCACAAACGCCACCAGUUGGAGCCGUUGGAGCAACUGGGCGCCGUUUAUGGCCAGAACCACAUGGAGGAGACACUCACGCGCACUCGUCGCGAUCUCUCCGCAUCCACAUCCACAUCGAAGUCCACCUCGCCAUCGCCAGCACUAGCACUAGCACCAGCACCAGCUUCGCCCAUCUAUGCCACCAGUACGAAGAGAGUGAGCAACCCAAAUACCAAUGGCCAACAGCAGAUGACGCCUAGUCCCACCAGCAGGCCAGAAACGCCCGCCUUUCCGGUCACGCCGCGCACGCCUUUUGGGGCAUCAUCAUCUUCGUCGUCACCGUCGACCCAGUUUCCUGCCGCGGAGUCCAUCUACCAAACAGGGCCACGUCGGGGAGUGGCCCCUACCCUGCAGCCCAUCGAGGUGUCCGCCGAUUCCGUGAGAUUUGCCCAGAGUUCGGCCAAGUUCUGGUACAAGCCCAAUCUCACGCGUGAAGAUGCCAUUGCUCUCCUGGCCUCGGCCCAGCCAGGAACUUUCCUGGUCAGGGACUCCACCACGUACAAGAACUCCUAUGGCCUGGUGGUGAGGGUGGCCCAACCUCCGGCCGGAUCCCAGGAGCUGGUGCGUCACUUCCUCAUCGAACCCACGCCGGAGGGAGUGCAUCUGAAGGGCUGCGAUGACGAGCCGGUGUUCACUUCACUGUCCGCACUGGUCUUCGAGCAUUCCAUCAGCCAGCUGGCAUUGCCGUGUUUGCUCCGUCUGCCCGAUCGGGAUAUGGUGCCGCCGGUGAGGGCCACUACCCCGGCCCAGCAGCAUCUGAUUGCUCACGGGGCAGCUACCAAUGUGCUGUGGCUCUUCUCCUGCGACACGGAAUCGCUGACCGGCAACGAGGCCAUUCGCAAGGCCAUCCGGCUGAUGUACGACCAACGUCCGGCGCCGCAGCCCACGGAGGUGCACUUCAAGGUCUCCUCGCAGGGCAUUACGCUUACGGAUAACACGCGCAAGAAGUUCUUCCGCAAGCACUAUACGGCGGAUGUUAUCUCGCACUGUGCCAUCGACCCGGAGAACCGGAUGUGGACCAGUGAGGGGGAGGCGGACAAGAAGACCAUCUUCGCAUUUGUGGCCAGGAGGUCGCACAGCUCCACGGACAACCAGUGUCAUGUCUUCUGCGACCUGUCCGUCAGCCAGCCGGCGUCGGCGAUUGUUUCGUUCGCCAAUCGAACCCUGCCCACUGAAAAGCUGCGCAACUACGUCCUGUAGGAAGGGGGCGUGGCCCGGGUCAACAGGUCAGCAGGCUGGAUUCCACCAGGAGUGGCGCACAAACAGGCAAAUGGAAUUGGUCGGUUAUGCGGAGGAGGAGCCCAGUGCUGUAAGAUGUACUAACUAAUCACUUUACGAAAUUAUGUCUUGCGAUAUAAUGAGCUUAACUACGAAUAUGUUAACAGAAAUGAUGUCAGCCGUAGUUUAUUUAGACACGCACACACUCAGAAAUCGGCGAUAUUUAUGGCAAAAGCUAAAACAAAUGUACACAUGUGUAUUAUCAACUUGAAUUGACUAAAUGCACAGUGGGACAAGUGGAUUCUCGUGUCUGAUAGCCUGUAUUGGAAAAAGCAACUCAUAUUUGUUUAUAUGCCAAAGUUAUAAACAAAACCAUGAAGAUUAUAUAAUUUUUUGCAGUUCAAUGAACCAUUUUAAAGAAUCUCUAACCACUGUGCAGAGGGUGAAGUGAAAUUGAUCACCGAAAGUUGUCUGUUUAUUAGCAAAAAACACUGGAUGUGUAAAUAUAUUUUUGAGUUGUGUGUUUUUAUAUAGGGUGCGCUUGUCAGACAAACGGAAUUAAACUAAUCUACCAUAUAAUUUUAAAGCGAUUAAUGUUAAUUUAGAAAGUUGUUGAUUAAAACCCAAAAGUGCAAGCUAUCCAGCUUGCUAUCCCCUAAUUUAUACCAGUAAUAUCUAUAUAAAUAUAUGUAUAUGCUUAAGCUCUACUAAUGCAGUCAAUAUAAAUAAAGUGCAAUGUUGUUAAACAGA